AUGGCCGGAACGUCUGCGACCUCUAACGGUGCGACCGAAAAGCGCUUAGAGGAGGCAAAAGGGGCAAAAAAAGGAUUUCUGUCCAAAAAAACCCAUUUCACACGGCGCUGGAAGCAAGCAUGGUUCCAGAUAAAAGAUUCAAAACUUUACUACGGCGGAAACGAAAAGAAUCCUGUUAAGUCCAUCAGUCUGAUUGGGGCAGAAAUUGAGGGCCUUGAGCAUGACGGAGGAUUUGACUGGACUAUAAGGCCACAGGGAAGUAAAAGGACCUUUUUCCUUCGGGCUGGAUCGGCUGAGGAUCAGCAACAGUGGAUGGUGGCUAUUUGUGAAGCUCAGAUGAGCUCUAGAGAGCAUACUUCAAAUGCCUGUGUGUUGCAGUAGUGUGUUUUAUGUGUAAGAAUACUGUCAUAACAACAUAUUUUAAUAUUGCAUAUACACCCACAUUUAUUUUAUUAUGUCAGUGCUGAAGCCAUAAGCAAAUCAAUGCAGUGGUUUAUUUGUAUUGUUUAUUUUGUACACAAGGAAUAAGCACAAAUCAGCCUGGGAUGGUGUCAUGCUGAUACCAGUUGUAAUAAUGGCACUUUCAAAAGUGAUUUCCUUUCCCCAUACCAGACAAACAUGCCAUCAUAACAUUUUGUUUUCUAAAUUAAAGAAUGACAAACUUUUUUAUCCAUUUAGAUUAAUUUCAUGUUGUGGAACACCUAUACAACAAGUUAGUUAUCACUCAUGUUAUAACAGUUGUCCCCUCACCAGACUCUCUCUUGCAGUUUGUCACAUAACUGAGGAAUGUUCAAACCCCUCUGUCAUAAAGAUAUUUCUGACAGCUGAAAAUGUAAAUAGACAGAUUUACCUAAAAAAAAACUCUGUAGCCUCAAGCAGCCUCAAUUUUUAUAUUAUUUUUUUUUUUUUUAGGAUUAUUGCAGAUUCCUGAAGACAACUGACAUUAAAAAACAUUGAAUUAUUUUUGCUGUUACAAUAAAACAUUAAUACUAAAUAUACCAACAAUUUUAAAGAAAACACAUUUUAACACCUCUAUUAUAACCUCUUUCCUUUUUAUUGUGGAUCUAUUUGUUUGUUUGUUAAAAUGAUCUUAUUCUUUGGCUUAACGUUUGUGAGCAUUAGCCUUACAAUAACAUGUGCGCUUAAAUAUAAAACUGUGAUUUGUGAAUCACACUGUCAGCUGCUGUUAAAGAAAAUUAAUCAUCAUCUGAUCAGUAUCAAACAUUGAAAAUGCACACCCACAGAGGGCACUGUUUAAUAAAACAGGAAAAUUGGCAGUCCUCUAAAGUUUUUGCUCAUCUAUCUUUGUCGUUAACUUUUUCUCUGUUUGCAUGAAUAAUCAAGAAAGCCAAAUAAAAAGCAAUACAGCAUGACUAGG